CGUUGUGAAUAGGAAAUGCAACUCUAUCAAUGGAGCGCAUUACGAUUACAGGCCCUCUAAGUACAAUACUUUUGUAAGUACAUGAAAAAAAAGAAAAACUACAAAUUAUAAGAAAAGUUUUAAAUAGUCUCAUUUUUUAGGAACCUUGUAAACGACAAUUUAGAAUGGAGUUUCUCUGCAGGUGUACCAACCAGAUGAACUGCGUCAGCCCCGGAUUGUACUACAAUGCCUUUUGCCAGGUGGAGGUCAUGGGGGUCAUCUGGGUUCAACCUGAGAUAAUAGAAUACCGAGGACAUAUAAUAGUGAUGUCUGCUCAGAGCCUUCCAAUAAUCCUUGAAGAGGAUAGAUUCAGUUAUAAGCAGAUUCAGCAUUCUAAACCAAAAAGGAAGAAGAAACGAGAAUAAAGAAGAAAAACACAAGAUAGAAUUGUAGAAUAAAGAAAGAAUCUUAAAAUGAAUUACAAAAUUUAGAAUUUGA